AUGCCAAUUGUUUCAUCUUUCCAGGCUGAGUUGGCUUCAGUUUUGAAAAGAACAGCUGAGUCCAUUUUUGAGAAGGGUGGCAUUAUCAGGUCUAUAAGUAACAUUGGACAGAAGCCGACACCUUUCAAAAUAAGUAAAAAUAGCAAACCGUACCGGGAAGCUUGCUAUUUCAUUCUUGAAUUCAACUAUCCUCCGACUGAAAUAAAUGAUUUAGCAAAUACAAUUAACCGAGAUGUGGAUGUGAUAAGAGGCAGAAUAUUUCCUCAAAUCAAUUUCAAACCCAUAGAAUGCACAUUCGAGGAGGAAAUGAGACCAGCUCCUUACAGGUCAGAAGUACAAGAAAUGAUGGCUAAUAGAAAGAUUCGUGGAACAAGAUUCUCAAAGAAAUUCCAAUACAAUAAUGGUCUGGGUUACAACCCUCUAUAAGUCACGUUCUGUGAAUUCAUAAUUAGAUUAUUCAAUAGACUUUUUACGUGAACUUCUUAGAUAAAUAGUGUUCGCUGAUCGAGUAUAUUGAACAAUUUAUGGUCAUUGUAUGUACGUUUUUCUGUGUAAAUAAAAAGUUGAUGUAGUUGAUGUUA